GCCGGACAGCCCCCGCCCCUUUCUCCUCGGCGGGCAGCUGCGCUGGGGCGGCGGUGAGACAGAGGAGCUGGCGGGUGGCCAUGGCCUUGGCGUGACAGAGCCUCCCGGGCGGCCGGGCGGGUGCGGACGGCUGGGCCGGACGAUUCCCACGGGAGCCGGGACCCAGACACCCGCCGGGGUGACAGUGACUGGAGCGGAGCCCGCAGGCCUGGGCCGGCUCGGCGGCGGCGGCGGCGGCGCAAGCAGGAAGCGGGGUCCCUGGGCCCCUUUGUGCGAAGGGCGGGGGAAGGGUGCGGGGCAGCCCCUGGCUGCGGGCUCCGCGGCCCCCACCCCUUCCCUCCUGGGGGCGCGCCUCGUCUCCCCACCCUCGCUGGGCUCUCCCAGGUUCGCCCUCCUCCCCACGCCCCCUGCCUGGGCUUCAGUUCCUAUAGGAAGGGCAUCACCGUCCCAUCCCCACCCACCCCGACUCUCCGCUCUUUCCCUCCCCCUCCCCCUCUCCCUCCCCCUCCCUCAACUUCCUCCUCUUCCCCGUUGGGCCCUCUGCUGCUCUGCACUCUCCUCCCCAGCUCGCAGAUUUCCGCCCACCUUCCGCCUCGUCUAGCCGCGCCGCAGCUAGCGGGGUGUUAUUCUUCCCCCCCUCUGGUAGGACUCGGUGAAGGUGAGACUCAUGAGGGAAUACAAGGUAGUGGUGUUAGGGAGCGGAGGGGUUGGCAAAUCUGCCCUUACUGUGCAGUUUGUCACUGGGACUUUCAUUGAGAAAUAUGACCCCACCAUUGAAGAUUUUUACCGCAAAGAGAUCGAAGUGGACUCUUCCCCCUCCGUGCUGGAAAUUCUGGACACCGCAGGAACUGAGCAGUUUGCCUCCAUGAGAGAUCUCUACAUCAAAAACGGCCAAGGUUUCAUCCUGGUUUAUAGUCUGGUUAAUCAACAGUCUUUUCAGGAUAUCAAGCCAAUGAGAGAUCAGAUUGUCAGAGUGAAGAGAUAUGAAAAAGUCCCACUAAUCCUAGUAGGAAAUAAAGUGGAUCUGGAACCAGAAAGAGAGGUUAUGUCUUCAGAAGGCAGAGCUUUGGCUCAAGAAUGGGGCUGUCCUUUCAUGGAGACAUCGGCAAAAAGUAAAUCAAUGGUGGAUGAACUUUUUGCUGAGAUCGUCAGACAAAUGAACUAUUCAUCCCUGCCCGAGAAGCAAGAUCAGUGUUGUACAACUUGCGUUGUCCAGUAAAAAAGAUAACCUCAGUCAUGGCCAUACCGAGCAGAUAAAACUCAGAGGAAAUUUGCACAGAUGCUGCUUUGGAGAACUUUACAACCUGGGUUGCAGAACUGAGCCUUGGUAAACCUGUCUCUAUUACAGCAUGUUGCCAUACAUCUAAUUAAGUGCAUAAGGUCUUUGGCCUUCAAGAUCCAUCGACCUUAAACAGGAAUGCUUAGCACGUUUACUAUAUGUUUAAAAUUUGUUCAUUAGCAAUCAGUCCUUUUAUAGCUUUCUAAGUUCUUACUGAUGGCUAAUAUGCAAGGGUUAAUUUUUAAUAUUUUAAUUGAUUUCUUUAAUCAGUUUCUCAACUUGUAUUUAUUAAAUACUCAAACUCAGUAUUACCUACUCAAUGCCUUUUAAAAGAAAGUUAUAAUGGAGAAAAAAAUUGAGCCUUAAACAAAUGGUUACUUCUGUAUAUUACCUCGUACCAGUGCUUCAUCCUAUUUGUAAAAUCUUUCUCCUUUAAAUGGUUGGUUAAUACUUUGAGACUUUGUUUACAUGUGGCAGUGUUGUAAAAAGAAACUAAAGAUCACCUUUUACCUGUAUGGAUGAAAUAUCCCUUUUCUUCAAGCGCAGUUUGUGAUGUGUUUUUGUAAUUAACAUAUUCUGAAAGUUACAAUUGAUAUUUGAAAUCAACUGUAGAGCAUUUAGUUAAAGAGUUGAGCAUUCAGUUCCAUUAGGUUUUCACAUGUGUUAAUCUCAUUUACAGCACUGAAUUGCAGCAGUAACAUUUUCCUUUCUGUGAGAUUCUAAAUUUAGUUAUGACCUAUUUAGCAAUGCCUUUGAAAAGGGAUAUUGUAUCCAUGGUAAAUUAAUUGUAUACCUAAACAGUGAUAGCUCAGCUUUGCCUGUCAGGCUUGUAAUUGACAUCUAGUAGACUUCUGCACAUGUAAAAUUGAAUUCAAAUAAAAUCAUAUACAGUUUCUAGUUCUUAA